CACUGUUAAGAUAGCAAGUAAUGCUCUUUGAAGGUGAAAAGGUCCCCUGUCUGAACAAAAUGUACCGCUGCUUCUGGACAUGACAGCAGUGUUAGUGCUGCAGGUGCAGGUGCGACAGGUAAAGAAACAGUAGCACGACGGAGGAAGGUAUCUAACUGAUCUAACUGAGAAGUCUGAGUGGGAACAAGCAAAUGAAGAUGACACUCGAAUGCUGGAUGCUGGGUUUGUUCCUGCUGAUAAACAGUGGCUUGACCUCUCACAGUUUAGGAGAAGGAUUGCAAUCAACAUGGAGAUAUGAUUACACCAAAUAUCACCCCAUGGAUGAGAUAUACGGGUGGAUGGAAGAUGUGGAGCGAGGAAAUCCAGAGCUGGUCUCCUCUGCUGUCUAUGGACACACCUAUGAAGGAAGAAAUAUCACACUGCUGAAGCUGGGACUAGAAAACUCAGAGGGCAGAGAGAAGAAGGUGAUAUGGGUGGACUGUGGGAUCCACGCUCGAGAGUGGAUCGCUCCUGCUUUCUGCCAGUGGUUUGUUAAACAGAUUGUGGACACAUAUAAAAGCAACAAGAAGCUGGAACAGAUGCUGCAGAACCUUGACAUCUAUGUAACUCCUGUGAUUAAUGUGGAUGGAUAUAUUUUCACCUGGGCCAAUGACAGUACUCGUCUGUGGAGAAAGUCUCGUUCCGCCCCUCCCCCAGAGAGCAGCUGUUAUGGUGUUGACCUAAACAGAAACUUUAACGCCAACUGGGGAAUGGUAGGUGUGUCUUUUGACAGCUGUGCUAAUACCUACUGUGGGACAUCACCAGGGUCGGAGCCAGAGGCUAAAGCUGUGAUGGAUUUUGUCGCUAGGAUGGUUAAACAGACUCUGUGUUUCCUCACCAUCCACUCUGCUGGGCAACUUAUACUCCUGCCAUAUGGCCACCCCGAGAUCUCUGCACCCAACUAUAAUGAACUGGUCUCAGUCGGUCAGGCAGCAGCAGAAGAAAUGAAGAAGGUGCAUGGAAUGAACUACACCGUAGGAACAUCUCCACAGAUCCUUUACCCAAACUCAGGUUCAAGUCGCGACUGGGCUCGUCUCAUUGGUAUCCCAUUCUCAUAUACCUUUGAGCUGAGAGACAAGGGUGAGUUCAGCCACUUGCUUCCAGAGGAGCAGAUCCAGCCAGCAUGUGAGGAGGCGUACGCUGGAGCUCUCUCCAUCAUCACAUAUGUUCAUGACAAGGCUUUCAACAACGGUACCCCCCCUAACACUGCUGUCACAGUGAUGGGCUUUACCUCACUUUUCAGGGUUGCUAUGACGAUUUGGAGCACUUUCAUGGCUGUGUGUCUCACUGCAGGGGUCUUGGUGUAAGCCAGAGAAAACCUCAAUCAAACAAAGAUGGGCCACCAAUUUGUGGAUAGAAAGAGAUAUUGUAGGUCCUAAUUGUGGCAAAGAGCCAGAGGUGAUGACUAAGCUUUCAGUGCAAAUAUUUAAAAUAGCAAGUAUGCAGUCUGUAAUCUGAUUGAUGGUUUCUCAGACAAAGAGACAUUUACCCAUUUUCAUAAUCAUUAGUGUUCAUAAAUGACAUAUACAACAAAUAAAAUUGGUGGUCAAAGUCUGACAUCCUCUAUUUUAAAAGAAAUGCAUUAUUACACCAUUUAUAAAAUAUUUAGAUUUUAAUAAGAGGGAACAGACUGGAAAAAUAUUGACCACUUGCAGAGUAGUGGUGAUGUUGUACUUGCUUUGCACAGCAGGGGGCAGCAUCGCUUUAUUUCAAACAGCACACUCUAGGUCAUUCCUGAGGGGCUUUUCUCAACCAGACACGUUUUAUUCUGUUAACUUGAGUUCCUUUAGCUGUGUUACACAGUUGGUGAAGUGAACAUACAUUGAAGUCGCCUCCUAAACUAUGAGUAUCAUCUUGUUUUGUCAUCACAUUUGAUUCUCUUCAUGUCCAACACCAGGUCAGAUCAACCAUUUUAAAAGACAGAAAAACACAAAUCAUAUGACUUGAUGUUACCACAGCUAACAAGGACUGCAAGUUGGUGGGGCUCAGAGGUUUAUCUGUGAUUUGUUUUUGCAAGAUUUCCAUGAAGAUUUAAUUUUUUAGCAACAAAGACAUCACUGUCUCUCCUUUAGGGUCAGCGCAGUGUUUCAAUUUUUUAAAAAAUCUUAAUCACCCAGUUUAUCUGGAAAAGGACUGGGAUUUUUGAAGGCAGCUUCGUUUGGUUAGAAACUCAAUUUCAGGUGGCACUAGAAUGUGCUUAUUUAUUUCCAUAGACUUUUAUGUACAAGAAUGCUUUUUGUCAAGACAAGCAGAUUUCUGUUGUUAAGAACUUUAGAUAUACAGUCUUACCCUCAACCAAUGUCCUCUCUCUCCCUCUCUGAGAUUUAUAUUUCCAGACUGUAUUCUCCUCUGCUACCUCAGUGACUGCAAGACCACCAGACAGACACACACACACACACAGACCAGACACACACUUGGCCUUUGACAAUGUGACAUUGACAUACUGCAGUUGAAUACCUUAUGUGAGGGUGAGUGAUGGACCACUCACCCUGAUGGCUGUUCCCUAAAAGUGUGUGUGUGUGUGUGUGUGUGUGUGUGUGUGUGUGUGCUGUUUUUGAGCAGCAGUGGAAAUAGAAUUAUAUUCCAGCUCACAUGAAACCUCGACAGAACAGAAAGACAGGUCAAACACCAGGGAACCAAGAGAAUAAUAAGCAGGAACACUGACACACACACACACACACACACACACACACACACUCAUAUAUAACCCUUUAGGGAAAAAACUAUUCACUGCUCCAUCACUUACGCUCACUGAAAGAUACUCACACAUGACUUGGUGAAGCAGUGCAAGGCUUCCUGACACACACACAUACGAACAUAAGAACUGGGCAGGGAUUCAGAGACACAGAUUGAAGGUGAUUAUAAUUCACAGUGAAGUCUGGCUGGUUUAGUUAUCACCAGCUCAUCCAUCUAUUUGUGUGCUCGCAUGUGUGGUAGAGCACUCAUCAAGGUAGCAGGGGAAAAAAACCCACUCCUGACAUAUAAAUCACAAAGCCAGAGAAAGACAGAGAGACAGAGAGGACUAAAAAAUCAAGCCUACGUAUCAAGGAAGAGGUAAUGAAGAAUGUGUGUGGAAGGAACAAAGAGAGGGCUCCAGGAAGACAAUAAAAAAGAAAUAAUGUAGGGCACGAAUCGGAAAACACACUGUGUUUUUUCCAAAACAAAACUGAUUCAGUGAAAACAAACAGCAAAA